UAGGUCAGCCCCCUUAUCUAUUGUGUAUCACGAAUUCUGGAACAUCUAAAAAUAUGGCGGCCUACAUUGUUCUUAGUCUUAUAUUAGUACAGGUUUUUGAAAUUAACGCUGUAUGUCAUCUGGACGGGGUAUCUUACUCAGUCGGAGACACGUGGGUAGCAGACGAUGGCUGUAACCUGUGCACGUGCUACCAAUCCGGGAUGCAUUGUACAACAGGCGACUGCACAUUUCCCCACAGGUGCCUCUAUCACGGAAGGAGUUAUGUAGAAGGGGACCGGUUCCUGGCAUCUGACGGGUGUAAUCACUGCCUGUGUACACUACACGGGGCUGCCUGUACAGAAAUGGCAUGUGCUGUCUCCGAAACAACAACAGCUGCUCCCCAACCUGUAGGCAAACGUGAGAUGACGACCACAGCUACCGUCCCUCAGACCGGAGGUUGCCAUUAUAACGGUAAGACGUACUGGGCGGGCGACAGCUUCCGGGCGACAGAUGGAUGUAACACGUGCUAUUGUUCAGCGCAUGGUGGCGCCCUCUGCACAGAAAUGUUCUGUGGCCCAAUGUUACUCUGCCAUUACAACGGAACUGAUCACAAGUCCGGAAGUACCUACCCUUCGAUGGAUGGGUGUAAUACAUGCACCUGCACAGAAUCCGGUCUAACAGCGUGUACAGAGAGGGCUUGUCUCAGAGGUUGCACCUACAAUGGACGCCAAUACGAGCAGGGGGUUACUUUUAACAGUGUGGAUGGAUGUAAUAUUUGCAAAUGUUCAGAUGAUGGGAGCUAUUCCUGCACAACAAAAUUGUGCAUAUCAAAGGUCUGUGAUUAUAACGGGAAGACGUACAAUGUCGGAGAAGGCUUCCCUGCUGACGACGGGUGUAACCGGUGCUUCUGCGCAGCAGGGGGCGUGGUCGCCUGUACUAAAAUGUACUGCCCACCCUCAACACCAGCACCUAGUCAAUAAAUAAAAUGUA